AUGGCGCAGGGCGGAUCUGGGGCAGGGGCGGGGCUGUCUGCGGGCGGGGCGAGCAUCUGUUUCGACUGCCAGAGCGACCAGGUCAUGCUGGACGCUGAGGGGUGCCGGGUGUGCAGGGUCUGCGGCGUAGUGAACGAGUCCGGUGUGAUCGACGAGCGCACGGAAUGGCGGAAUUUUUCGGAGAAGGACAAGCAGACGGACGACGCUACGCGCGUCGGCCGGGCCGUGGACUUCCUGUACGAGGACGGCGGCCUCGGCGUGCAGGUGGCCGGGCAGGCCAACCGGGGCGCGGACAGCCGCGCGCGUGGCAUCGACAAGUGGCUGAGGAGGGAGCGGCCGGUCGUCAAGGCCUACGUCGACCAGCUCAAGCUGCCGACGGAGGUCGCGGACGACGCCAUCACGCUCGCGAGGGACGUCAAGAAGCACUGCUUGAAGAACCUCCAGGGCGUGCAGAACAAGGCGCUGGUCGCCGGCUGCGUCAUCUACGCCGCGAAAAUGAACGGGCACCCCGUCACGCAGAAGGUCAUGCGCUACCUCGCCAAGCUCGACACCAAGAAACUCAACAAGGGGCAGAAGGCCAUUGAGAUCUCCAUGAAGGAAGUGCUCGAGAAGGUGCCGAGCUGGAAGCAGAAGUUCGACGCCACGCACCAAGUCUCCCACCCGGCGGACCUCAUGUACCAGUUCUGCGGGCAGCUCGGCAUGACGCAGACCCAGGACUGGCAUCUGUUCCGGCAGGCGUGCGUGGAGACCGCGAACGCCGCGAAGCCCAAGGACGACUCCAAGGUGCAGAACCGCGUGUCGCAGGCGUGGGACGCCAAGCACCCGCAGACGGUCGCGACGGCGAUCAUUUACAUGCUGUCGCACCUGCCCAAGUGGGUUCGCAAGCGGGCGGCAGGGGAGGUGACGUUCAAGGAGCUGAGCCACUUCAGCGGGCAGGCGGAGUCGACGAUCAUGCAGGCGUACGCCGACCUGUACCCGUUCGUGCGGGAGCUGAUCCCGAAAUGGUUUGCGACGACCGCGGAAGUGGCGCAGCUGCCGCCGCCGCCCGCUACGGGGCGCAAGUGA